AUGUCAACUCCUCAAUAUUAUCAAACGAGAAGUAACACAAAAAUUGAUAAAACAAUCAGUGAACUUUCAUCUGAUCUACCAUCUACACAUCGAAUGGCAUCAUCACAUUCAGAUCAAUUAACAACAACGACUGAUAUUUCACAAUCGAUCAAUAACAAGCAAGCAGAAAAUCCAAUAUUGAAAUCGAAGAGUUCACAAUAUAAAGAAGAGAAUGUAUCAUUUAAUGAACAAUUUUCAAUAAUUGAUGAACAUCAUUCAGUCGAACAAUCGCCAUCAAUAUACCCUGCUCAACAAACAUUACCAUCACAUGAUAUGAAAACCCUGUUAGGCCCAUCAUCAUCGGUUAUCAACGCUGAAGAAACCCUUCGUUCAUCUGUUUCGUCAAUAAAUCCACAAGGAUUAGAUUUACCAACAAACACAUCAUCAAUUCCGCAACGUUUACAAUUAAAUUCAAAUUUGAACAACGAACGAGAAUUAGAUGAGUUACAAUACACAGCAUUACAUCAAUUAUCACCAACUACAACGUUUGAUGAAAAUAAUCGUUUAAAAUUAGAAGUUGAACGAUUAACAAAAGAAUUAGAACUGAUAAAAUUACAACAAUCUCAACAGCAAUCACAUAUACGUGCAUCUCAUUCUGAUACACCUUGUGCAAUUGUUCAACAACCGACGACAGCAAUAACACAAUUACCAUAUUCGAAUGUGAAUACGACACCUAUUCAUAUAAUAGUUAAUACCGAUCCACUUCAACAAAUGAAAGACUUUGUCAAACCGUUCAAUGGCAAUCCCAACGAUGAUGUUAUUAAAUGGUUGGAGAGUAUUGUUCAUUAUUUUGACAUUGCACAAAUAUCAGGUGAUAAAGAAACUUUAUAUUUUCAAUAUGCUCCAGCAUUCUUAAAGGAAUAUGCAUAUAAAUGGUGGGCAGAUCAAAAGCAUUAUAUAUUCAGUUGGUCAAUGUUCAAGCAAGCAGUGAUAACACAAUUUGCUGAAAAGAAUGAAUAUUUGAUAGCACAGCAAUUCGACCAACGAAAACAACAAAUUAAUGAGCCGGUCAUCAAGUAUUAUUAUGAUGUCAUAGAUUUAUGCAAGAAAUAUGAUUCAGAUAUGACAGAUAAACAAAAAAUUCGUAAAUUAACCAAUGGACUUAAAUUAUCAUUAUAUCAAGAAGCUAUUAAAGAAACUUAUUCAACACCAUUUGAUUUUUUAACAAAGGUACAACAAUUGGAAAAUAUUCAGAAGUUGAUUGAAUUAAGACAAAAUCAAACAACUCAAGUAUCAACUAUAAUGAAGAAUGAUGACAAAUUAUCAUUACCAUCACAUUCUUAUCAAUCAUCGAGUCGACAACCAAACAAUUACUCGACAAGACCGACAUAUUAUUCUUCAUCCGCACAAAAUGAUUAUUCAUAUACAACACAGCAAUCGUUUCCACCACCAUCGAAUCCAUAUCCAUCAUAUGAUCACUAUGAAUGUAAUCAGAAUCAACAAUAUCCAGCAUCACAGGUUUCUCAAUCUCAGCAAAGGUCAACAACAACAAAAAUAUUCAAAAAACCAAUAGCAGGGGUGCCGGAUGGUGGUUCCUCUGAAAGAAUAAUAAAUCCAUCACCAUUAUCAUUCAUCACAGCUCCGGUUAAUGGUUUUCGAUUACAAUGUCUUUUAGAUACAGGAGCUAGUAAUACAUUUAUUCACACAUCAACGUUAUCCAAAAUUCGACAUAAUCCAAUUAAACGAAUAAAAGGUAAGUAUACAUUGGCCGAUGGAAAUACCACAGUCGAUAUUGAUGGAGAAGUUGAAAUUAAUAUUCAAAUAGGACCCAUUAGAACGAGUAUUACUGCAUUGAUAUCAAAAUCUUUAUCAACAUUAUGUAUAUUAGGUCAAGAUUGGAUAAGAAAGUGUUCAGUCGAUAUUUGCCAAUCAAGUAAAUUAAUUAUCAUAUACACAACACGAUCAUCAGCUACUAUAUCAAUGGACGAUAAUGUGGACAAGCAUAAUUUUGAUCUUCGAUUAGCUAACACCAUCUUAUUAAAACCACAACAUGAAUCAAUUGUUCGACUUAAAUCACCUAUUUCUUCUUCGUCAAAUGUUAUUUUUCAUCCUAAUCGUAACAUCCAAUAUCAAAAACUUAUUGCCAUUCCGAAUGCUUUAUUAUCUAUACGAAAUUAUGAAACAUAUAUUACAAUCGCUAAUCCAACAAAUAAAAUAUGUCGAAUACCUAUUCAUACUAAUAUUGGUUUUUUUACCGUACAACCAUUAGAUAUUCAUUGUUAUAGUAUCAAUUCAUGUUUAAAUAAUUAUCAAUGGUCGUCGAAUGAACAACAACCAGAAGUUGAUAAACAUGACUCAAUAGAAGCUAUAUUUGAUCAAUUGUUAGAUCACAUUCAAGAUCAAAAUGAAAAAUCCAUAAUUCAUCAAUUGUUAAUUAAAUAUAAAAAGAUUUUUGAUACAUCUAUACAUUCGAUCGCUAAAAUUUAUGCUCCACCAAUGAUUAAAACUGGAUUAAAUCUUCCGAUUCAUUCACGUGUUUAUCGUACAGAUCCAAUCAAACAACAACAUAUUUCGACAAUUAUUGAUGAUAUGUUAAAAUCUGGACAAAUUCAAAAAUCAUAUUCUAGUUGGUCCUCACCAGUGAUCUUAGUAAAAAAAAAAGAUGGAACUUAUAGAUUUGUUAUUGAUUAUCGUCAACUAAACAAUAUCACAGAACGAGAUAGUUAUCCUUUACCACGAAUUGAAGAAACAUUAAACAGAUUAAAUGGUAAUACUUAUUUCUCGAAACUUGAUUUGAAAACCGGAUACCAUCAAAUCCCGAUUCAUUCAUCCGAUAAAGAGAAAACAACAUUUGUUACAUACAAUGGUAUAUUUCAUUUUAAUGUAAUGCCACAAGGAUUAAAAAAUGCACCAUCUAGUUUUCAACGUAUAAUGUAUGAAUUAUUGGUAAAUACACGAUGGGAUUUUUGUUUAGUAUAUAUUGACGACGUGAUCAUAUUUUCUCAAACAUUCGAUCAACACGUUGCUCAUUUGAAUGAAAUAUUUUCGGUUUUACACAAUGCCAAUCUACAACUUAAUCCACAAAAAUGCUCUCUUUUUAAAGGCGAAAUUAAUUAUCUGGGCCACACAAUCAAUCAACAAGGAAUUCGACCACUUCAAGACAAUGUUGAAUCAAUUAUUAAAUUACCAACACCAACAACACCAAAACAAGUCCAUUCAUUCAUUCAAGCUGCCAAUUAUUAUCGUGACCAUAUCGAAAAUUUUUCAAAGAUUGCUGCACCAUUAUAUCCUUACACAAAGAAGAACGCCACUUGGAAAGGUUGGACACCACAAAUGGAAAACGCAUACAAUGAACUUAAACGCCGACUUACAACAUCACCAGUAUUUCUCAAUUUUCCCGAUGAUAAAUCACCACUUGUAUUAUCAACGGAUGCUUCGGGUUACGGCAUGGGUGGUGUUUUACGACAAACAACACCAGAAGGAUCAAAAGUAAUAAAAUAUGUAUCAAAAAAAUUUAAUGUCGCACAAAAAAAGUACUCUACGACCGAAAGAGAAUGUUUAGCAUUAGUAUGGUGCAUUUGUAAGUUGAAAGAAUAUAUUUGGGGACGACCCAUACAGGUAGAAACUGAUCAUUGCCCCCUAUGUAGUUUUAAUAAAAAGAAAUUUCAAAAUUCGAGAAUCGAGCGUUGGCAAUUACAAUUAUCGGAAUACGACAUUACAACAAUCACUUAUAAACGUGGAAAGUGUAAUUGUGAUGCCGAUUUAGUAUCACGUUUUCCAUAUGAUGAAGCUGAUAUUGAUGAUGAAGAACAUCCAAUGUGUGUUCGACACUAUACACAACCUUCUGCUAAUCAUAUAACUGCUUUACAAAUCAAUGUCAUUACAAGAUCGAGAGCCAAACAAUUAUCAACGAAAUUGUCCGUACCAUCUCCAUUUACAUCUUCAUCAUCGAACAUCACGACAAGAUUCAAAACUAAAAAGAUUAAUAUCUCACCUAAUUUCGACACAACACUUGCUCCAUUUUCAUCAACAACACCUACAAUAGUCUUGCCUUCAUCAUCAUUAAUUGAUUUUAGUAUCGAUCGAAUUCUAAAUGAUCAAAGGAAUGACAUUGAUAUUCAAACAAGAAUACAAAAUAUCAAAGAUGAUCCUCGAAAAUAUUUGAACGAUGUUGUCGAUCAACAACUUUUAUAUAAAUUAGUUACACGAAAUGAUCAUACGAAAAUCAAAUUACCAUGGAUACCAAUGUCAAUGAUUCCAGACAUUCUAUCCGCAUACCACGAUCAUCCACUUAGUGGGCAUUUUGGUGUCAAUCGUACGUAUAAUAAAAUAAAGGAUAAGUUUUAUUGGUUUCAGAUGUUAAAUUCGAUCAAACAAUAUAUUCGAUCUUGUGCACAAUGUGCUCAAUUUAAUGUACAACGACGAAAGAAGCCUGGAUUAUUACAAAAGGAGCCACUACCAGAGGGUGUGUUUGAACUAAUGCAGAUGGAUUUUUGGAAAGCACCUAUUCGAUCUUCUGAAGGCAACCAAUAUGUAUUAAUAAUUACUGAUCGAUUAUCUAAAUAUGUCUUUGCCCGGGCAUUAUCAUCAGAAAAUGCCAGAGACGCUGCCGAGAUGCUAUUUGAAGACAUUAUAUUGAAACAUGGUGCAAUUCGAUGUAUACAGUCCGAUCAAGGUUCUCAUUUCAGAAAUGAGCUGUUGUCAGUAAUCACACAAUUAACUGGUUGUAAACAAGUAUUUUCAAUUCCGUACCAUCCUAUGUCGAAUGGUCAAGUGGAACGAUUUAACUCAACCUUUUGUGAUCAACUCAAAAAAUAUUAUCAUGAUAACAUCAAUGAUUGGGAUAUUUAUUUGCAAUCCAUUGUAUGGGCAUAUAAUUCGUGUAUUCACUCUGUAACUGGUUUUAUUCCAUAUGAAUUAGCAUUUAAUCGUCGAUUAAUAUCACCGUUUGAAUUUCCAUCAUCAAAAAUUGUAAUGUUAAAACCACACGAUUAUUGGGAAAAAGCAAACAAAUUCAAGCAAGUGGCCAUUCAUGCAGCUCAAUUCAAUAUCAAACAACAACAACAAUUGAGUAAACGACGAUACGACAAAGGACGAGCUAAUCCAAUAUACACACUAGAUGACAUGGUAUGGAUAAAAAUAUUGUCUGGUCGUUCGAAAUUAGAUCCUCGAUAUCAUGGUCCAUUUCGUAUUAUAAAGAGAAUUACUGACGUCAAGUAUAUCGUUGAACAUACACAAGACCAUUAUCAAAAAGAAGAACAUGUCAACAAUUUUAUUCCAUUUUACGAACGAAGUUAA